AUGUCGCUGUUCAACGUAUGCAGCUGGUGGUCUGCUCAGUGCUCUGAUCCCGGAGAGGAGUACGAUGUGGCCAGUUUGCUGUGCGCCCGUUUUGGUCUAGAGGCUCAGGAGAAGGACUACAUCAUAGUGGGAUCCCAGACGGGGCAACUGAGCAUAUACUAUCCGCACCGCAGGGGUUAUGAUGCCACCGAUUUGCUGCUGGAGACCCAGAUGGUGGCUCCCAUUUUGGGCUUAUAUGCGGGCAAGUUUAGUGGAAAUGUACGCAACGAGAAUGCCAAUCAGUUGGGCGUGCUCCUACCCAACGCCAUCGUUAUAUACAAUGUCCUGGCCAUUGGUGGACUGGCGGAACAUGGCGCCCAGCUUCGUCUUCAGUUGCAGGCAGAGCACAAGUUCCAGCGCGUGGCUUUUGGCCUAUGUCAGGGUCACUUUGGCCAGGUAAAAGGUCGCGAGUUCUUUUGCGUGGUGCAUUUGGAUGGAACGCUGACCUUCUACGAGCAGGAUGGCAUCUCCUACGAGUGUCGUUUUCCUGGAUACCGUGCCCUGCCGGCUCCGGUGGCCUAUUGCGAGCGUACAGAUAGCUUCUUUCGGUUCAGCGCUACCUGGGAUUUGCAGUGCUAUAGCUACCAGGAUCUGUCCCAUUCGCUGGUAACCAAGAGCAGCUAUCAACCCACCUGGACGCAGUGCGUUGGCGAGGGCAUUGUCGAUAUGCGAGUGGUGCAAGUCAAGGAGAACUGCUCCUACAUCAUGAUCCUGGGUGAGCGGAACUUCAUCUCUUUGGAUGACAAUGGCAAAUUUAACUUUAUGCUAAAGCUGGACUAUGCCCCCAAGUGUUUCCACAGCUUUGUAGUGGGCUACUACUGGGAACCUGGUGCCCGUCUAAUCACCGCCAUUGUUUCGGACUCCUCCAAGCUGCAUCUUUAUGAGGAGGCCAACAUUAUUUGGGCGGCGCAGUGGCCCAGGCAAUCACCUGCUCCAGUGGCUAUCCAACGCUCCAAUGUCCAGGGUCUGGCCGGAGGCAUUGUUACUCUCGGCGCCAAGGGUCAACUGGAGGUGGGCUAUCUAGGCGCCGAUCCCUUUCAGUUUCAGGUGCAGCCCCUAAACAUGGAGGAGCUGAGCUUCGCCCAGGCUCACAAGGAGCUGCAGCAGCUGGAGGACGAGAUCAAGGAGGCGGUAGAUGUACGCGAUAUGGAUGCCCUCAAUCAGCAGGCGGCGGACCAAGUGCGUCUUAGUUUCAGUAUCCAGCCGGAGGCCUGCGAUGACCUGGACACCCUGCUGCUGGACGUGCCCGCCGAUGUGGCUGUUAAGGAGUUGCCCUCGGCAAAGGGAUUGCUACGCUGCAAGAUCAAGGCGGAGCUGGCCGAGCUGCAGCUGGCUUUCCAAAUGCCGAAUGGCAUUCGUUGCAGUCAGGAUACCUUGAGUUUUGUGGACGUGGCAGCGGGCUCAAGUCAUGAGUUCAAGCUGGACUUUUACAUUGCUGAGUUGUUGCAUGUUCACAGUUUCAAGGUGGAACUGGUGGCCUCUUUUGUGAGUCCCAGGGGCAUUCCCAGGGUCAUCCAGCAGAGCGCCCACCUCCCUCUGUCCAUGUUCUAUCGCCCAUGCCAGCCUCAAAAGGCGGCUGGCAUCAAGUUGACCUACAGCAUCACCAGCCGCCAUGUCAUCCCCAAGUUGUCCACCUUUUUUGGUGAAUUUCUAGAGGAGCACAGCGAUGCUCAUGCCCUGGGCUUACAGCUGCUUUGCCCGGGUCUGGAGAAGCAAUCCGAGGUGAUAACCGUGGUGGCGGCCAAGAACUCCAAUCGCAUUCGUAUACAGUCGGAUUAUGUGGAAACCUUUGCCAUGAUCCUGGAGCGUAUUGUGGAGCGAACUCUUCAGCUGGAUAGCUCGGCGGGUCUGAUCAAGAUGGAAAAGAAGAAGCCCAAGAAGGGUGUCUUGAAUCGCUGUGUGGAGCGCCUGAUGGCAGCUCCCUUUAUACCAGCCCAGCCCAUUCUUCACAGGAUUGAUGUGCACCACGAGACCCAGCAGAGCAUAAGGAAGCAAACUGAACAACUGGAGGACCUGUGGCAGCAGUUCAAGAGCCUUCAGCGUCAGCUCCAGGAACAGUCGGAGGGCGAACCCAAAGAGGCCCUUACCAUGCAAAUCGAAUCCAACUACGACCAGUUGAUCCUAGAGGGUGAUAAGUUGGUGGAAAUACGCCGUGAUGAACGCAAACAGCGCUGCGACCUCAAUUGCGCCGUGGCUUUGGCCAAAUGGAUUAUUCAUGCCCUGAACCUGGAGGAGCGCGUGGUGAAUGUUGUUAGCUCAGUGUUGAGUGUGCCCAUCGAGGAUUGGACUGAAUUGAGCUGGGAGGAAUCCAUGGCUCCCGGCAUUGAUAUGCUGCAUCAUUUCGGACCACUUACCCGUUCCAAGUCCACUUCGACCCACGGUUUGCUGGAUGCCAACGCCAGCUCCAAGGAUAGCUUCGAUUACAGCAGAUUCCGCAGACACUUUGCCACACUCUUCGAUCGUAUUGUGCGUCUUGCAUCCACACCAGCAGCCAUUAAUACCGCUGAGGUUACAGCUCAACCGGCGGCAGAGGAGAAGCCACCGCCACAGGAACAGCAGUUGCAGCAGCAGGUGGACGAAAUCGGAAACAUGCAGCGUAUGCUGGGCGACAAGGGUCUGCCUUUGGCUCCACCCAAGCGUAGAACUAACAUGAGCAGCUCCCUAGAGGCCGUUGAAGAUGACGAGGAAUAUGACGAGGAUGAUCUUCGCGAGGAUGUGGGCUAUAGGAAAGAUUAUGGAGCCACCGACGAGGAGAAGAAUCCAGCCAAUACAAAGAAGCGAUCCGAAUGGGUCAACGAGGACUUUGAGCUGCCCACCACCGAGGAGCUGUUCAGCGACCUGGGCAUCUGGUGGUAGGUCUGGCUGGGAUUGGGGAAACCGAGUAACAAUAAACGUGCAAA